AUGAUCAUCUUCAAUGAUGCUGCUGUUGGCUCUAACGGUGGACCUGAUAAUCCGGACAGUAAGGAAAACGCAUCCAAAGGCAUUGAAUUCUAUGCCAACAACGAGGAAUUCCAUCAGCGUCUACAACGCUAUAUAACACUACUUAGGGAUGCCGACCAAAUUUAUAGAGAUUUGUCUUCUAUCUCAAAGUCAAUACCUGAUUCCAACGCUUCACCGGAAAUUAAAGAAGCAAAGCAAAGGGAGUGUGGUAAUUUAUUGACAACCUUCGAAAAUGUAAUACACCGGAAAGAAUAUGUCGAACUAGUACGUAUAUUUGAUGAAUACGAUGAAAUAGCAACACGUUUUCAAAAUAAAGAUCUAACUCCUGAAGGGUCGAUUAAACUUGGUCAGGAACGUGCUAACGUGGGGAUAGAAUUUGAAGAUAAGGAAGGCUUCGCAGCUGCCCUUAUAAAUUUCGACUUAGCAGAAGCGCAUAAAAGUAUUAUAGACGAUGCAAUAGCGUUCAUUAGAAGACACAAUGGCCAGGAAGCGUUACCACCGCCAAGCACAGCUGCCGAGCCUAAGCCCAGUGGUAACACGCCUACACCAGAUCACACGAAUCACAUGGCAGCUACGGGUAAUGCAAAUACUCGAGGUGGACGGGGCACAACACAUGCUACAAACGGAGAAGAUACAUCACAAACCACAGAAGGAACUAUCAACGAUAUACCCAACACAGCGGAUGCUAAGGGUUCAUCAGGGUUUGUGACAAUGAGAUGCACGGUUGUUCAAAUCAUGGUAGCAGUUGGUAUAAUGGUUAUUCUCUGA